UGCUCUAAGUUAUAUAGUUUAUUAAUUACCAAAAUGGAUUCUAAUAAAAAAUCUAGAGAAACAAUUAAAGCUGAACGUGAAGCUAAAAAAAUUGCCAAAGCUGCAGCUAAAAAAAAAGGAAAAAUUGAAAAUAAAAUAAAUAAUGAACCAUUAACAGAAAUAAAUGAAACUGAUAAAUUGGAAAAUCAAAAAAAGUCAGAAAUUAAAACAGAUACUAAUAAUGAAUGUGUUCACAAAAAACAAAUCAAAAAUACAGUUGUUGAUCAACAAAAUAAAAUCGAUGAAAAAAAUCAACUCAUAGAAAAUAAGAAAGAGAAUAAACAAAAAAUUGAAGAAAAAAACAAACUAGAAUUACGAGCUGAACGAAGAGCUAAGCAAGAAGCACAAAGAGCUGCGAAACAAGCCCUAUUGACUAAUAAAUUAAAAACAGUUGAACAUAUACCUGAAAAAAUACAAGAAAAAUCUGUAACACUAACAAGUAAAGAUAAAUUAGUAAAAACGACUUGUGCAAAAUCUGAAAUUAAAGAAAAUUUACAUGAGGUCAAUUUGUUUAAACAUUUGUAUAUCAACAAAAGGAAUAUAUCUGAACAUAUAAAUAAUAAUAAUCUUAAUCUCCAUCCAACAAUAUUAAGGCUAGGUGUACAGUAUUCUGAGAAAGUGAUUGUUGGUAGUAAUGCAAGAUGUGUUGCCUUACUUGCUGCUGUAAAACAACUUAUUGAAGAUUUUGAACGGCCAUCGCAAGCUGAUUUUACAAGAGGACUUGAAACUAGUCUUCAACAAUCUUUGAAAUAUUUGAAUUCAUGUAGACCGUCUGCAGUUUCUAUGCAAAAUGCUGUAAAACAUUUAAAAUGGCAGAUGUCUACUUUACCUUCUACAAUAUCUGAUAAAGAAGGAAAGUUGAAACUAGAAAAUGCAAUUGACACAUACAUUCAGGAACAAAUAUUACUUGCUGAUAAAGCAAUAUCAAAUGCAAUAAAAAAAAAGAUAUUAAACGGAGAUGUUAUAUUGACUUAUGGAUUUUCUUCUGUAAUUCACAAAAUACUUUGUGAUGCUUACACUGCUGGCAAACAAUUUAGAGUGAUUAUUGUUGAUGGUAGACCUUGGUUAGAAGGUAAAGAACUUUUAAGACGGUUAAUUAAACAUGGGAUUGACUGUUCAUAUGUACUAAUUAAUGCUCUUAGCUUUAUUAUGCCGCAGGUUAGCAAAGUUUUUCUUGGUGCACAUGCAAUUUUAGCAAAUGGUGCUGUCAUGUCGAGAGCUGGAACCGCACAGGUUGCUUUGAUAGCAAAUGCAUUUAAUGUACCUGUUCUUGUAGCUUGCGAAACUCAUAAGUCUUGUGAACGUGUACAAACAGAUUCCAUUGUAUACAAUGAAAUAGGUGAUCCUAAUCAACUUAUUACAAACUCAUUUGGUAGUUGUAUCAAGUCUCGUUUAUCAAAUUGGAAGACUAAAAAAACACUUAAUCUACUUAAUAUUACAUAUGAUGUAACACCUGCAAAUUUAGUAACAGCAGUUGUUACAGAACUUGCUAUAUUACCUUGCACAAGUGUACCAGUAAUACUUCGAAUUAAACCAUCUGAAAUAUAAUUUAUAAUUUUUUAUUAUGCGCAAG